AACCCAUCCCCAACCCAAACUCCCCCCGCUUCUCGUUUCCCAGGUACUAUAUAAUCAUCAUCCCUCUCUUCAAUCCUCUAUUCCUCUCUAUAUAUACAUACACACACGUACAUCUUUCUAUCUAUCAUCUUUUUAAUUCGGCCACUCGUUCGCUCUAUUUCCACCACAAUUCUCGAUUUAAUCGACUUGCUUUUUAUUCCAUGUUAUCUCUUUCUAUGUGUAUUUGCAAUUAGGUUCGGUUUUUGUCGGAAUUUUGUAUCGAAGUGAAGAAGCUGGAACUUUGAGUUGUUUACAGUUUUAAGAUGGACAGGAGAAUGGAUGGAUCAGCAGGGCAAGGUGGUAGUAGUGUGGAUAUGUUCUUGCGGAAUUAUAAGCUUGGAAAAACUCUUGGAAUUGGAUCCUUUGGGAAAGUGAAAAUCGCAGAACAUGCAUUAACAGGCCACAAAGUUGCUAUAAAGAUCCUCAAUCGACGCAAGAUUAAGAAUAUGGAGAUGGAAGAAAAAGUGAGAAGAGAAAUCAAAAUACUAAGACUGUUCAUGCACCCUCACAUCAUUCGACUGUAUGAGGUUAUAGAGACACCAACAGAUAUAUUUGUUGUUAUGGAAUACGUAAAAUCUGGUGAGCUUUUUGAUUACAUUGUAGAGAAGGGUAGAUUGCAGGAGGAUGAAGCUCGCAAAUUUUUUCAGCAGAUAAUAUCUGGCGUGGAGUACUGCCACAGGAAUAUGGUUGUCCACAGAGAUCUCAAGCCUGAGAAUCUGCUUCUAGAUUCCAGAUGCAAUGUGAAAAUUGCUGACUUUGGUUUGAGCAAUAUUAUGCGUGAUGGUCAUUUUCUGAAGACUAGCUGUGGAAGCCCAAAUUAUGCUGCCCCUGAGGUUAUAUCUGGAAAGUUGUAUGCGGGACCGGAAGUAGAUGUUUGGAGCUGUGGUGUAAUCCUGUAUGCUCUUCUAUGUGGUACUCUUCCUUUCGAUGAUGAAAACAUUCCCAACCUUUUUAAGAAAAUCAAGGGUGGAAUAUACACCCUUCCUAGUCAUUUGUCUCCUGGUGCAAGGGACUUGAUCCCAAGGCUACUUGUGGUUGAGCCUAUGAAGCGCAUGGCCAUUCCUGAGAUACGCACACACCCUUGGUUUCAAGCUCAUCUUCCACGCUACUUAGCGGUGCCUCCACCAGAUACAUUGCAACAAGCAAAGAAGAUUGAUGAAGAGAUACUGCAGGAGGUGUUAAAAAUGGGGUUUGACAGGAACAGCCUGGUUGAGUCUCUCCGUAACCGAGUCCAAAAUGAGGGUACAGUUGCGUACUAUUUGCUACUAGACAACCGUUUCCGUGUUUCCAGCGGCUAUCUUGGAGCUGAAUUUCAGGAGUCUAUGGAUGGUAUUAACCGGUUUAGUUUAAAUGAGCCUGUAUCUCCAGUUACAGCGCAACGAAGUCCUAGACAUAUUGAUUAUCAAGGAACAGCGUCAAGACCUCAGUUCCCUGUUGACAGAAAAUGGGCGCUCGGGCUUCAGUCUCGAGCUCAUCCACGUGAGAUAAUGACCGAAGUUCUAAAAGCUCUGCAGGAACUGAAUGUCUGUUGGAAAAAGAUAGGGCACUACAACAUGAAAUGCAGGUGGGUCCCUGGCAUUCCUGGCCAUUAUGAUGGAUUGUUGAACAAGUCCAUGCAUAGUAAUCAUUUCUUUGGAGACGACUCCACUAUUAUUGAGAAUGAUGCUGCUGUGAGAUCGCCCAGUGUGGUCAAGUUUGAAGUACAGCUUUACAAGACUAGAGAGGAUAAAUAUCUGCUUGAUCUACAAAGGGUCCAGGGACCGCAGUUCCUUUUCCUGGAUGUCUGUGCUGCUUUUCUUUCUCAGCUUCGGGUGCUCUAGAUCAAGUUGUCUUAAUGACAAGGCCAGCUUAGACUGUUAACCCGCAAUGAAUUCUGCCCAGCUUAGACUGUUAAUUCGUAAUGACCGUCUGCAAAGAAUGUUGUAUAUAAUCAGAGCCAGCUAUGGUUAUAGCUUGAUUCUUUUGAACUAUUUUUUUGUGGUAAGGUGGACUUCCAGAUAUCAAAUAAAUAAAUAAAUAAUAAGAGUUUUUUUAGGUACA